CUCUGCCUUCCUGCCACCCCCGGGACCCCCCUGGCGUGGCCCCCGCGUCCCCGGCCGCGUCCCCCGCGCUGUCCCCGGCCGCGUCCCUGUGUCCCCAUGUCCCUGGCGCUCAAGGCCCGGCAGCGGGCGAGGCGCAAGGGCGGCUCCCGGGAGCGGCUCUUCGGCUGCGACCUGCAGGAGCAUCUCCAGCGCUCGGGGCAGGACGUGCCGCAGGUGCUCCGGAGCUGCACGGAGUUCGUGGAGCAGCACGGGGUGGUCGAUGGCAUCUACCGCCUGUCUGGGGUGUCCUCCAACACACAGCGGCUGCGGCAGGAGUUUGAAGCGCAGCGCAGCCCGGACCUGGCGCGGGACGUUUACCUGCAGGACGUUCACUGCGUCAGCUCCCUGUGCAAGGCCUACUGCCGCGAGCUGCCCAACCCCCUGCUCACCUACCAGCUCUACGACAAGUUCGCCGACGCCGUGGCCAUCCAGAUGGAGGAGGCGCGGCUGGUGAAGAUCAAGGAGGUGCUGAAGGAGCUGCCGGCGCCUCACUACAGGACGCUGGAGUUCCUGAUGCGGCACCUGCUGCGCAUGGCGGCGCACAGCGGGCGCACCAACAUGCACGCCAGGAACCUGGCCAUCGUCUGGGCGCCCAACCUGCUGCGCUCGAGGGACAUCGAGGCCUCGGGGUUCAACGGCACGGCGGCGUUCAUGGAGGUGCGCGUGCAGUCCAUCGUGGUGGAGUUCAUCCUCACGCACGUGGAGCAGCUCUUCGGGGACGCGCCGCUCCCAGGUGGGGACAGUCCCCGUCGCUCGCUGCUCCUGCCCGGGGGUGUCGCCCCCCUGCACGUCCCGGCCGUGCUGAGCCAGGGCGACGGCCCCCCCCAGAUGCGGCCCUACCACACCAUCAUCGAGCUCAGCGAGCACAGGAGCAAGGGCUCCCUCAAGGCCAAGAAGUGGAGAUCCAUCUUCAACCUGGGCCGCUCCGGGCACGAGGCCAAGCGGAAAUCGGGGAAGGCUGAGGAGAAAGAGAAGUGUGGGAAGGUCACUCUGCGGCCGGCCAAGAGCAUGGACUCGCUCAGCUCCGGCCCCUCCGGACCGGCCGGUAAGAGGGACCCUCUCUCGGAUGAGACCCCCGCGGCCCCGGAGCCGCCCCCGGAGCUGGACGAGAGCCUGGAGGAGGCGCUGGAAGCGGCGGCCGAGAGCAGCACCAAGUCGGAGCCCACCACCCCCAAAGCCCCCCGGGCGGGGCCGGGCGUCGGCGGCCGCUCCCGCGCCGAGAAAUGCGCGGGGCUGCACAUCUCGGGCCCCUUCUCGGUCACCGUCCCCUUCCACAUCACCUCCAACCUGUCCCGCCUCACCCGCGGGCUCCCGUGCCCCGCGCUGGAACGGGAACAGAGCCCCGGCAGCCCCCCCGAGCCCGCCCGGGACCCCCGGCCCCGCUCCGAAGAUGCGGAGCAGACCCGGCUCUCCCUGGAGCUCCGCGACUCCUUCGCCUUCCUGGACGGCCCCGAGACGUGGCUGGAGGGCGGCGGGGACACGGAGGCGGCGGCGUGGAGCCCCGGGAUCGAGGAUGAGACCUUCAGGAUCGAGGAU